AUGCCUGGUGACAUGGUUAAAAUCAUUAUAGAUAGGGUUUAUAAUAAAAUUGUACCUAAACCUAUCAAUCUCCGCCCUGGAUAUGAUAUGGAACAUGUUUUUAACUAUCGACCUCAAACUGAUAACUAUCGAUAUGAAAAAGUGGUUGAAAUAGAAAAACAAUAUGAUUAUUUAUCUAUUAUUAGACCUCAUGAAACUCCUCAGCAAUGGCUAAUCGUACCUAGUGUCCAUAAAAGUCAGAUGGCUAUCUGCUUUAAAUGCCAGAAAUUGGUAAAGAUUACCAAAGUAGAGCCUAGAAAGGAAUAUUAUAGUGGCUGGGGAGAUGGGCCUAUGAGGUGGAAAGUUUUGCUGGAAACAAAUAGAAUACCCAAACUUCUAGGAAAAUAUGGAAUUUCUGAACUUCCAGAAAUAUUUUUUUCCAGGAAUUUUCCAAGAUUAUAUCACUUACCUAUAAUCGAAUAUAUGUCCAGCCAACCAAAUUUCAACGAACACUAUAAGAAUUUGUUUGACCAAUUACCCCCAUUCAUGAAAAAAGAUGCAUGGUUGCAUCUUACAACCCGCAAAAAUAAUCCCUUAUUUGAGGAACAGGCUAAAAGUAUUCAUUCGGAUAUUGAGGAAUUGCUUACUAGAGAAGUUGAUAGAUACUUUAAUAAAAAAAAUUGCCAGAAGAUUAAGAUCGAAGCAAAUACCUUCUCUGAUGGUUCUAGUACAUUAUCCUGGUUAGAUGGGUUUGAAAAACAGUUAGAGGAACGUGAGCUUCAUCAUAAUUCACACUUAGCUGAGCUAGAGAAGCAAUAUAAAUCUCAUAUCUCUGCUUUGGAUAAAGCUAAUGCUAUAAAAGAUAAGGAGAUUGGCAAGUUAUCCUCUACUAUUUCCCAGCUUAUGAAUGAAAAAUGGGAUAUAAAGAAGACUGCCGAUUCUGUAUGUAAAGAUUUGGAGGAUAUUAUUUUUACUAAAGACCUAAAAAUUAUAGCUCUCAAUGAUCGAGUAAUAUUCUCCAAUCCUAGUGCUGGAAGUGAUGGGACAAUUGAGCCAAAUACAUUUAUUUCUUUUCAUGAUGCUGAAUAUUGGACUAGAAAACGGGAAGAUGCAAAGAGUAAUCUAAAUAUCCAAAAAAAAUAUACUUUCUGAAAAUCUGUCUAAGAUGAUUAGUCUAGUUUAAUCUUAGACCCAACAUUGAC